AUGGCUCCAAACAAUGAAAAGGUUAGCAGUAGCUUAUAUAUUCCUGAAGAUGUUUCCUUCAUUAUUUUCUCUAAACUAUCCCUCAAAUCUCUCAAGCGGUUUACUUGUGCGUGCAAAUCAUGGUCUCUUUUAUUUGAAAACCCUAGUUUUAUGAAUAUGUUCCGCAAAAAUUUCAUAUCUAUGCAUCAGUCAUUGUACAACAACACUUAUCUCUUUCUAAAUAUAAAGGAGAUAUGGCCAUGUCCCCAAGAUGAUGGUUCAGAGUUGUAUUUGGUUUCUGGCGACAAAUUUGAGAACAGUUUUGAAUUGAAAUGGCCAGAUUCACUUCCACUGGACGCGGAUGAGAUUUAUUUGUUUGAUUCUGGAUUUAACGAUAUUAUUUGCUUUUCUGAUAUUCGUCAUGCAAGGGUUGCAUUAUGGAAUCUAGAUACUAAGCAAUUGGAGACUGUUGCUCGAAGCCCUGCUCAAGUUUUACCUUCUUCUACUCCUUGGUUUGUUGUUCAUGGAUGUGGUUAUGACCAUGUUAAUGAUGACUAUAAGAUCAUUCGUUAUGUUCAUACUUAUAAUUAUAUACCUUAUGACAAAGUUGACUGGACUUAUAUGCCAAUGAAGCCACACCCUUUUUGGGAGAUUUAUAGCAUAAGAAAUCACUCUUGGAAGAGACUUGAUUUAGACGAUAUGGCUAGAGGUACAGGUCGUAAGGUGUACUUGAAUGGAUUAUGUCAUUGGUGGGCGAUGAGAGAUGAUAAUUACAUGGUUUCUUUUAACUUGAGCACUGAGAUGUUUUCUACUACACUGUUACCCUUGGAUAUGCAAGAUAGAUAUCAUGAUGAAUGGGUGGAUAUGGGCAGGAGAUACUUAGACUUGGUGGUGUUAAAUGGGUUUGUUGCUAUGAUCUUAAAGCAUGUAAAGACAGCAGCUUUUCACAUAUAUGUUUUGGGUGAACCUGGUCAUAGAGAAUCAUGGACUAAACUCUUCAUAGUCGGACCCUUGCCUAAUGUUUGGCGUCCUCUUGGAGCAGGAAAAAAAGGGGUUUUUCAAGCAGCCGCCGUCGCGGAUCUGCACGUUGGCUUUCCAAAACUACUGCGGCCUGUUGAUGGUUGUGGUGGUCGGUUUCAGCUCAAUGAUUAUCCGGUAUGUCCUUCGGCAACUCCUUGUGUCGGAGGAUACAUAUGGUUUUGGGCUCGAAAGGGCUGGUUUCAGAGAUAUGGUGAUGCAUCGAUGCUUUUAAUAUAUGUCGCAGUCAUUGUGGCUGACUUCAGACUGCUUUGGAAUCCUCGUCAUUCGUAUGAUUGA